AUGGAGAUAAAUAUAUGGGGGGUCAAAGAAGCAAAACAGCAGAAAGCCAAUCUGAAAAGCAUGGCGUCUAUUUCGUCACUGAAUUCUCUGUCUCAACGUCCUUCCCAUCCCUCCUUCCCAUCUUUCUCUUCCAAACUUAGCACUGACACUCCUUCAACUUGUCUAGGCAGCAAGAGACGCAGAAACCAACAUGUUCUCUGCUGCGACAAGAACUACAAAGAAAAAGAAGAAGAACCACGGCAACUCAGCUUUUUUUUUGGCCUUGGAGAAGGAUCAUGUGGGAGUGGAACUAGAAGAAGAGAAGCUUUGUUCAAUAUGGCAUUUAGUGCUUUUACAUUGCCGGCAGCAAUUGCAUCUACUGCAUUGGCAGCGACCGAUGUGGCUGAGGAUUUACGUGUUUAUACCGACGAUGUGAACAAGUUUAAGAUAGCUAUUCCCCAAGGGUGGCGGGUAGGUGCAGGAGAAACAAGUGGAUUCAAAUCGCUCACUGCUUUUUAUCCAGAAGAAGCUUCUAAUUCGAGUGUUAGUGUUGUGAUCACGGGGCUUGGUCCAGAUUUCACUAGAUUGGAAUCUUUUGGCAAAGUUGAUGCCUUUGCUGAGUCUCUGGUGGGUGGACUGGACAGGAGCUGGCAGAGGCCCCCAGGCGUGGUAGCAAAACUUAUAGACUCUAAAGCUUCUAAUGGGUUUUACUACAUCGAGUAUACGCUGCAAAAUCCAGGAGAAAGUCGCAGACAUUUGUUUUCAGCACUUGGGGUGGCAUUCAAUGGUUGGUACAACAGACUAUAUACGGUGACAGGGCAGUUUGUCGAUGAAGAAUCGGAGAAAUUCGGCACCGAGGUCCGGAAGGCUGUUUCAUCCUUCAGGUUCAUUUGA